AUGUCUGGUCAGAAAGUAAUCAAAGCUCGACGUAGUACGGAUUUCGAUCAGGCGAAGAGGACAGCUAUGCGGACAGCUUUGGAAGAAGUACCUUCACGUUGCACCAUUGCGUUGACCUCUCUUGCGGUAAUCAAGAAGGCCAUUUCUCUGACAUCCACCUUACCCAUUGGUUAUCUGAUCAGUGUUACCAAUAAUUUGUAG